CCGACCUGCAACAUGAGCCAGGAACAACCGAGGAGGACCGACCAAGGUUGGGGAGCAGGGUGUGACCAGCCCAUAAAGUAUGGCGACGUGUUUCCCGUGGCCGGGGACCUGGCCGGGCAGACCAUCGCCCCCAGGGACGCGGCCAUGAUGCAUGCGGCCGAGAACAGGGCCUUGGGACUCACCCCUAAGGGCGGCCCCGCUUCCGUCAUGGAGUCCGCUGCCACGCGCAACGAGCAGCGCGGUCUCGUAGGCCACGACCAGUUCAGCCCCAUCCCGGCCAACCAGGGCGUGUCCAUCACCCAGACUGAGAUCCAUGGCCUUCCCGGCCAGCGUCUCGUUACCGAGUUUGUCGCCGGCCAGGCUGUUGGCCAGUACGUGGUUGACGCCGAAAGUGGAGAUGGUGGUGCCCCAGGCGGCAGGCGAGGCGUGGAACGGGGCCAGAGUCUCGGUGGAGUGUCUUCAUGGACCGACAAGAUGACGAUCGGGGAGGCGCUAGAGGCGGCCGGAAGAGCAGCGGGGGACGAACCGAUCGAGAUGAGCGACGCGGCUGCGGUUGAGGCGGCAGAGUCAGCGGCAACAGGGCUCAACACUGUCUUGCGAGGCGGCAUCGCGGCUGCCGCGCAGAGUGCUGCCACCCUCAACGCACGAAUUACCCGUGACGAGGACAAGACCAAGCUGGGCGACGUCCUUCAGGACGCGGCCAUGAGGCUGCUGGAUGACAGAGAAGCGACGAGGGUGGACGCGGAGCGGGUGGUGAGGGCGGAGAUGCGGAACAGUCCUGACGUCUGCGUUCGCCCCGGUGGUGUGGCAGAUUCCAUGGUAUCGGCUGCGCGAUUCAACCAAGAACCUUGAUGCCUUCCCUUCUGCUCCAUCUCGGCCUUUUGCUCCUCUGUUACCCGUGGAAUAAGUUUUAUGCGCCUUGUACCGAAAUAAGCUUGUAGGACUCGUGUAAUAUCUACUAUCGACUCGUAGACGAGACUUAAAUAGCAGCUGUAUGUGCUCUUUGCGGCCCUUUGUUCCGUCGUGGUAAUGCCCCUGCAGCUGACCGUAUCC